GGUGAAACUUUUCCUACCGCUGAGCGCGGCUCGUCUCAGCACGACGGCAGCCAUGUUGAUGACCUCCAGGUCACGGAAGGUGAAAGCUACAAUCUGUGAAGAUGACCGAGGUGGAGAAAACAGUGGCUGCGAAUUCCCCAGCACCCGGUGCACUGACUGGCUCUGCUGCAAUUCACCCUGGGAAAUCACCUUUGAUGGUUCUGCAGGCUAAUGGUCUCUUGAGUGACUUCAACAAACCAGUCCAAGAGAAAGAGGUGAGUGAAGAUGUUCUGCGGGCCCAGGAGGAGUGGGAUGCUGUGGAGACAGUUCAGCCAGAAAACCAGAGUGAAGGAACAGGCAGCUUACAAAAUCAGUCCAGUCUGAUAUCUUUUAAUGAAGCCCUGGCAUUUUUCCAGACCAAGGACCUCAGUGAAUACAUGAUGAAGAUCAAGCCCACAGUACAGAGAUCAGGGUUUACUGCCCUGUGCCACUGGUUGUUUGGUCCACCCAGAUUACAGCACAGUCUACACGAGGAGAGGAACCUAGUUUUUGCAAUGGGACUUUACCCCUUUGAUAACACAGAGGAGACCCACAUGCGUGUGCUACAGACGGUUUACAAGAGGCUAACUGGGACCAAGUUAGACUGCCCCAGAUAUGGUGGACACUGGGAGCAAAUUGGAUUCCAAGGAUCUGACCCGGCCACAGACCUUCGAGGUACGGGCUUCCUGGGCCUGAUGCAGGUCCUGUACUUUGUCAUGGAACCCAGAACCUUGUCUCUGGCAAGGGAUAUCUACAAGCUGUCCCUCCAUGAGACUCAGAACUUCCCCUUCUGUGUGAUGUCCAUCAACAUCACCAGAAUUGCUCUGCAGGCACUGAGGGAGGGCAACUUAUCCAAGGAGUGUAACAGAAGACAGCAGAUCAUUGCAGUCAUAAAUGACUUCUAUGUAGCAACCUUCUUCCACCUCUACCAGAUCUGGAAGUCACAGCACAAGACAAUAGCUGACUCUGGAUAUGUCAUUCAAGACGUAACAACAUUUGUCAACAAAAACCCGCGUGCUGUGAUCCGAGAGCUGGAACGAUACCUGAGCGAGAAGCGAGCCAAUGCCAUUGGUCAGAUGGAUUCUCCACGGGGGGUUAGCGCAGGGAAAGACAGUUUUGUGGGUGUGUGUGAUCUGGAACCAGAGGAAGAGGAGGUUGAUCUGGUGUAGGUAGAGCUAGUUUUGUUGUCAACAGUGCUAUUUUGUAGUUAAGAUUUUUAGUCUGUUUUUGUAUGUUAUUGCAUUUGUGAACUUCUCGUGAUCUGUUUGUACUAAAAGAGUAUUUGCUUAUGGAGUUGACCAAAAA